CGAUAGACAAGCUUAUCGCAGACCGCCAAGAUGGUAAGGAAUCAAUCCAUCCUUCUUGUUCGCCUUCGAAAUUGCCACAUUUGUCGGUGAAGGCAAUCCCUCACGAGACCUUCACACGACAAGUCCAAUGAUGAGGAUAUGGCGGAGGACUUCAUCAGCUAUGGAAUGAGGAGGAACCUGGUGGUUCUCGCAGUUGAUCUCCUCAACCCAACCCCAGCCGCUGAGGCUCGCAAGCACAAGCUCAAGACCCUUGUCCCUGCUCCCCGCUCCUUCUUCAUGGACGUCAAGUGCCCCGGCUGCUUCACCAUCACCACCGUCUUCUCCCACGCACAAACCGUUGUCAUCUGCGCUGGCUGCUCGACUGUGCUCUGCCAACCAACCGGUGGAAAGGCCCGCUUGACUGAAGGCUGCUCCUUCCGAAGAAAGUAGAUGUGCCACCAGCACUCCUCUGCUUUCUCUGUCGCGUCUCUCCGUUAAUGCAUGUCACCUC